UUUACCUCAGUGCGUUUACCGCGACGGGGGACCCGGAGGAGCGCCGAGGUGCCAACUUGCUCACCGGCUCCACCAACGUCCCUUCCCGCUCUCCUCGGAAGCAGCCCGGCAGCAGCGGCCGCACCACCACACGGUAAUCAUGAGUGAUCGAAAGGCUGUGAUCAAAAAUGCAGAUAUGUCUGAGGAGAUGCAGCAGGACUCUGUGGAGUGUGCUACACAGGCCUUGGAAAAAUAUAACAUUGAGAAAGAUAUUGCUGCCCAUAUAAAGAAGGAGUUUGACAAGAAAUACAAUCCUACUUGGCACUGCAUUGUGGGAAGAAAUUUUGGCAGCUACGUGACUCAUGAGACCAAACACUUCAUCUACUUCUACCUGGGUCAAGUUGCUAUUCUCCUUUUCAAAUCUGGUUAGAAGUAUGGGAAUUUUUCACCCAAAUAUGCAUUCGGUUACAGGACUGCACGCUAAUUCCAAAUAGACUGAAGUCUUCAGCCUUCCCCAGGGAACAUACCUUGAUCUUCAAGCCUUUUGUUUUAAUGACAGGUACUCCUAUGUACCAAUUUGUGUUUUUGUUGUGGCCAUAAAAAAUAGCAAAAAAAUAAGCUUGUAUGUAUUUUUUUUCUAAAACAAACUAGCCAAGUUUUCUAAUAAAACUGUUGGGUAUUCAUCCUUUAACUUACUCUAAUAUUUCUAUAUUUGGGGUAGCUCUUCCAUAGGACUACUGGGGUUCUAUAUUACACUGAAGCUGAAAAUUGUUUAGCUAGCGUUUUCCAAACUUAACUCCAAGGUUUCAUAGAAUCAGCCUAGGUUAUUAUAUUUGAGUUAAAAUUUGAAAAUGCCUUUCCGUACCAGCUAAUGUAUCUAGGUUUCUUGUGUUUAACUUUAUUGGCUUCCGAUGCUUUUUAAGCACAGCUAUUAAAAGAGCACCUUAGACACAAAAUUAGAAUUCCUUCUAAUUCAACUUCCUUUUGAAGCACAUCUGUGCAAGAGAAUAAUAUCCUGUAAUGGAAUGAUUUAAACAAAAUACUUGAAAUCCUCUAUGGAAUUUAUAGAUGCUUAAUGAAUUAGAGGAUUAAAAUUAAUUACCAUUUGACAUCUCUGUAUAUGUCAGAAAAACUGUACAGAGUUUGUUGCCUCUAUUAUACAAGCUUCAACUUUAAGGAUUAUUAACCUUAUAUGCUAGAUAGCUCAGUACAAUCAUACUGUAUAUUAACACAAUACUUGAUAAAGACCUGAGAUUGGAAGAAAGUCUAGCAAAUUAUCUCAUGGGAAACGAGUGAAUGUUUCAGUUCAUUUUAAGGACUAGAGCAUCCCAUAUUUGGAAAAAUGUGUAACUGCACUUCACUUGAUAAGAGAUCUGAUUGUCCUGCUUAUACAUGUACUUAAUAGAUUGAUUGACGUGUUGCAGGAUCAAUAAAGUUAGGACAAAUAGCAUGUUUAAUUGAGUAUCAAGUGUCUCCUUUAACCUUGAAAGUUUAAAGCAAUGUGUAUGAGGGAAGCAUCCCAUGGAAAUAAUAAGAAUGUGCAUUUGUUAAGAUACAGUUCAAAUAGUACAUGGGACUUCCUUAACUAUCAAAGAGGGGAUAACACUAAUAGCAGUAGUGAAAUUAAGCAUGGAAAUGUUUUGUGCCUUUUAAAUGUAAAAACAUGUUACCAAUGGCAACUUCUAGAUUAUCUAGACAUUUAUUAUCCAAGUUAUUUUAAAAAGUUUCAGCUUUCUUGUCCUAAAGAUUUGCUGGUUUAUUCCUUUUUCCAUAGGUAUAUUGUGCUUGGAAGCAGGUUACUCCUGUAAACUGUUUUGACACUCUUAAACUAAUGUGGCAGAGUUUAUAAGAUAAGAAUUUGGUGCAUGGUAGUAUCCAACACAGCACAAGCUAUUCUAAGAAUACAAUGUAUAUCUACUUUAAAAUAUUCAAAUGUUGGCCAGCCAGUUCCAAUACAGUACAGCAAGGGGCUCAAUAGAGGACAGGCAAGAAUCUCAUGGCUAUCAAUAAAAAUAGCUGAAGCUAAGGAAUGCAUAGCCUUUGGGCGUUUUGACUACCAAGCAUAGCAUUCUACCUGAGCAAGCUUGUGUUGCAUUUAUGUAUACUAUGAUGUAUUUAAUGCUCUGUAGAGAUGGGGCCUAAUUUGUAUAACAUAUUAAACAAUUGUGUGGUAUGUU